AUAAGGCAUUGGAUCCCCCGUCAAGCAUGUUUAUAGUGGCGGGGUUCAGGCGCCUAUAGGUCAGACAGGUGACAGCGGCGGGCGGUCUGGAGCGGCACUGCACACCUGGCUGGCACACCUGACGCUCGAGCCAUGGCGGAGCAGACGCUUUUUCAGAGGAUGAAGUUCUUUAUCUACGCGGGAGGGAUCUUCUUCCUCUACUUCUACUACGGCAUCCUGCAGGAGUCCAUAACUCGUACUCGAUAUGGGGAAGAUAAAGAGAAAUUCACAUAUUCCCUGGCACUCGUAUUUUUCCAGUGUAUUGUAAAUGCGAUAUAUGCUAAAAUCAUGGGAAUGUUCGUUCUGGCGCAGGGUGAGGACACCACUCGUCGGCUGUACUACGCCUCGUGCGCCCUCACCUACCUACUGGCCAUGGUGUCCUCCAACAUGGCCCUCCAGUGGGUCAACUACCCCACACAGGUGGUGGGCAAGUCUUGCAAACCAAUUCCUGUGAUGGUGUUGGGGGUAUUGCUGGGUCGCAAGUCCUACUCGUGGAGGAAGUACGUCUUUGUGCUCAUGAUUGUUCUAGGAGUUGCACUCUUCAUCUAUAAGGACUCCAAAGCUGAAGCUUCAUCAGCUGGGGAUGGUCUGGGGCUUGGUGAGGUACUUCUGGUGUUGUCCCUCACCAUGGAUGGCUUGACAGGUGCUGUGCAGGAGCGCAUGAUUGCUGAGUCCAAGACCAAGUCUGGACACAUGAUGCUCAACAUGAACCUCUUCUCCAUUGGCUACCUGGCCAUUGCUCUUCUGCUCACUGGGGAAAUAUUCACCUUCAUUGGGUUUGUCCAGCGCUUCCCGGAGGUGCUCACAAAGAUGCUGAUUUUCAGCAUAUGUAGCGCACUGGGCCAGUUCUUUAUUUUUUUGAUGGUGAGUGAUUUUGGGCCUCUGCCGUGCUCUGUUGUCACCACCACCCGCAAGUUUUUCACUGUCCUCGGCUCAGUUAUCCUCUUUGGCAACAGACUAUCUGACAGACAGUGGUUGGGGACUGCAUUUGUUUUCUCAGGCCUCACGUUAGACGCAGUGUAUGGCAAGACUCCCAAGAAGGCGGUGGAGGAGGGAAAGGCGAGUAAAGAAUGAAAUAGUACUGCCGUCAAGAUUUACUAAGAUGCUCGAGGAGCGUGAGGGAAUGGAGGUAACAGGUCUGAGGAGGAGGUUGUGCUGGUGUGCCUGUCUGCAAUUAUUUUGAACUAAUGGAAGAUGUGUGCCAGUGCAUGUGUCUGAGAUUAGUUGAAAAUAUUUGCUGAUGUAUGAUUGUGGAUGCAUUUGAAAUUUAUGAAAUAUAUAAGCUCUCCAUGAAACAGUGUGCUCUUAUUGUCUUGAGAAAAGGUCAAUUCAGUAUUUUAUCAAUUAAAUUAGUUGCAUAAUAUGUAUUUUACACAGAAAAAAUGCAGUCUUGAAUAAAAUAUAACUUGCAAAGAAAUCAAGUCUUUUCAAGGUCUGAAAAUGGGAAUUGAAAAGUGUAACAAUAGUCAUGAGAUGCCUAUUUUUAUGAGACCCUGCUUUAUAGAUACUGGUGCUACUAAAUGAAGAUAUUUAUUUUGUAUUUUUUGUACUACAUCCCAUUGUGUGUGUGCCAUGAAGCCCAUGUCUCGCUGAAGGUUUGGCCUGUGGUGGCUUGGGAGGCCAUGUAGCACUUUUUUCCAAUCAUUUCUGAUCACUUGUGGAGCAAAGGUGAAAUCUACUGCUGCUUAAUGGAAGGUUUAUGAAUGCUUUUCAAAGCUAUUUUAUACGAGCGUCACUUGAACAAAGUAAAUUGAAAAAUUACAAGAGCAGUGCUUAUUGUUGCACUAAUUGUUGUCUUUGAUUUUUUGUUUGUCUUAUGUGGCACCUUCAACUAAUGGAUCAGUCCUUUGUGUGUCUAUGCCUUGAUACACGUGAGUUGUUAAGUGUUAAGUGUUUGGUUUAUGUAAAGUCAGCAAGGAUUCAGGAAUUUGUAGGCUUAGGUCUGUUUAGGAGAAAAGUGUAGAGAAAAGAUUGAAGUGAGUCAUGCAUGAUUUGAAAACUAAUUUUACUUUAUGAAAGAUUGAGGAGUAUGCUUGGGGUGGUUUGUGAGUGUCCUGUUGCUCCUCAGCAUCUUGAGGUAAUUGAUGGGUGGUGUUUGGUGGUGAGUGGUGCGUUGAUGGGUGAUGAAGCGGCAGGGGGAAACUGGGAUAUGCCCAAGGCCCUGUUGUGGAGAAGGACCUCUUGGCAUCACUCACAGCAUCCGUGGGAAGAACACAGGAGGGUGUGGGGAAUAUUAUUCAUAUUUAUCUUGUGUUCAUUUCAUAAUGAAAACAUUUAUCACCCAUCAUUAUCAUUGUCCUUAUCCCAGUCAUCCUCAUAGUCACUGUCAUCUAAACAUCCCCUUUUUCAUUCAACAUGUGGAAUGGUAGCUUCAAAUGUUUGUUGUAGAUACUCCCAAAACAAAAAAUUCCCUUAUGUAAGCAAGAUUGCCAAACUGACUGAACAAGAGACAUCACAAGCUUAUGCAGGUGAACAGUCAAAGUACAUGUUCUCCUUUUCUCCCUGCCAAGUAGUGAGGCUGCAGGUUGAGGCCUCCUGACCCCCCCACCCAUAGCAGAUGGGACGAGCAGAGGCUAGGAGUGAUAUGCUAGGGCCAGAGGAAUGCUUUGUACAGCCUGAACUGUUUGCCAUGUAAGUUCUUCCAUCCUGCACAUGUUUAGUUCUCUUGUUACUCCUCUUGAUUGGUAGCUUUUUGUUUUAUUUUUCAUCGGAGUUUCUGCUUGGUUUCUUUUUCUUUGAAUAUUUGUGAUUUUUUUUGUUUAUUUGUAGUUUGAAACAUCUGUAGUUUUAUUGUGUAUUUGUUUAUUUAUUUGUGUUUUGAGACAUUCAUAGUUUUGUUGUUUAUUUUUGUUUAUUUAUUUGUAUUUUGACACAUUUGUAGUUUUUUUGUUUCUUCUCAUUUUCUUUUGAAACACAUGUUUGUUAAGUUUUAGUAGUUAAACUUGCUCUCUGUUGAUAAUAGACUUUAUUUUUAGUCCUGUUAAUUUUGUAUUCUGUAUAUUAGGCAAAGAUUGAAAGCAUUUAUGUUAUGUUAUAGUCUGACACAAAUAUGAAGUCAAUUUGGGUGGGGCCCAAACCUCUCCACAGAGGCACUGCAUCACCCCCAAUACAUCACUCUCUCCCUCCUGUCACCUGUGUGCUAUUUGAAAUUCUGCAUCUAAUAAUCUGUAUGCAUUAAAAAAGAUUUGAAAGCUCUACGGGCAGGGAAUUCCCAGAGUGGUCCCUGCCCAAACUGACUUCAUAGUUGAGUUGGACCAUAGUAGAGUUUGAUUCUCUUCUCGUCACUUAUAACCAUAUGUAUGAAAUAAUUUGAAAUGUUAUGGUGCCUAUUAUGUCAGUGAUAUACCAUUAUUUUAGUUUCCUCUGUGUAUCCUGUCCUUACUCCCUCACCCUUAUUUUUCAAUUCAUGUCUAGAGAACAUUAAAAUCCAUAUCCGCUUCUUUAUUAUUAUCAAGCCGGUUGUCCCAUGGGUAAUAGUCCAGGGCAUAGUUAGCAGGGCUGGGCAAGUACUGUUACUUGUACUACUGGUACUCCCUUGACGAUCUUGGUACUGAUACCAAAUGUCUUGUCUAUACCACUAAGCACUAAGCGAGUAAACACUGAUGCAUUGGGGCAUUGAAAAAGCAGGACUUGGGGGGGUAGAACACCCCAUGGUGCCAGGCUGAGGGAUGAAUAUUGCCGCAUUGUGAGGCUGGCAUUGCCAGCUUGAAAGGUGCUCUAUCUUGUUUCUUAGUUAUUAUAUUCAUUAUUUAUUUGUUAUAAUCUUUAACAUUUUGGUUGACAGUGGUGCACAUUCACACUGCCUGAUGGCUAAUAUUGAACCUAGAGAAAGGCUACACCUGUUUAGUCAUGACUGUCAUUGACCUUGACCUUGCUCCUCUCUGCAUUGAUAAGACAACAUGAUGAUCUUGCUAAGUGAGUCCUGUGUAGUUAACACAGAGGUUUUAGGCUCCAACAGCUACCUAUACUGAGCCAAUGAGGCCAUGUCACACUGUGAGCCCAGCUGUUAGCUUGUCAUGCUGGUACUACUGCUACUAGAGUCUUUCAAGUACUGGUAUGCUCAGUACUGAAAUCAACAAAACCCGACUAGCCUUAACAGUUAGACUGAAGAGUCAUAAAGAAACAUUCAGCAUUGCUAAGUUAAAGUGUUCUAUUUUAUUUGUCUUUGCAUAUGAAAGUAAAUAACUGCCUUAAAACUCAUUUGUUGAGUCUGGGUUCUACUGUGAGAAGUGCAUUGUUAGGGAACUGAUACCCAGGAAUAAUAUAGUCUGCUUGUUAUUUUUGCAUCAUUGUUUAGCAAGUUAUUUCCUUAUCUCACAUGCUAGAGGUCUUGUUCAUUUUAUACUUUUAAAUGCCCAGUACAGUGCAGUGAUAAACAUGCACUUUUCAUACGAGGCACACAUCAUCUUGACUUUAUUUCAUUACUUGUAAAGUUAUUUUCUCUGUGAUUCCUUUAUACAAACAAUAUUCACUAUUGUGUUUCAAAUGUAACUCAUUACAAAUGAGCACCUGCUCUUGAGUAAGGUUAUAGUUUUUGUUAUAAGAUAACUUCUACACACUGGCAGCAGUAGGUUUAAAUUAAUGGUGCCUGGUAAACCUAAUGAUCAGUUUUGGCAUAUCAAUUAGAUGGCCUUGUAGUUUGUUGGUAAAUCACACCAGAAGAUGUGAAGAGGUUAAAAGAUUAAAGUACACUGAUGAAAUGCUGGUGAUUGCACUUGUGGUGCAGGUGUUUCAUGGAAAAUGUUUAUAUUUUUAUGUUGAAGUAAAUAUUCCUUAAUAAAA